AUGACCACGUAUGCAGGGCUGCUUUUGCUGACUGUCACGUUGGCUCAGGUGCAGAAGCAACUAGUUGGGGAGCGGCUGUUCCCGGCAAUUUCCAAGCACCAGCCGGAGCUGGCAGGCAAGAUCGCAGGCAUGAUGCUCGAGAUGGACAACUCCGAGCUGUUGAUUCUGUUGGACAGCGAGCCCCAGUGGACGAAGCAAUGCGGGUGCUCGAGCAAGCCAAGUAGAGCAUGCGAUAUCCAUUGUCGGACCUUCGGGGCGACAGACGAUGGAUGGCAUCCAGGAGAGAGCGAAGUGUCGACAUGUGACGGCUUUGGCACCAUCCGGUACCCUCGACGGCUGUCUUUCGUGUCGCACGCUUGUGAGUGCCAGCAAGAUACAAACAAGUAUCUAGGCAAGCGGGUGGCAAAGGCAAUAACUCGCAAAGGUCACGCCACGCGGAACAAACAAGAGGUUAUGAGUAAACAAUGGAAUGUGUUUGGCUCUGAAAGAUGGCUGUUGCAGGGAGCGUGGCUCCUCCAAGCAUGCAGAACCAUGAAACUGGCUCAAUAG